AUGUCCCUAUCACAAUACAUUGACCUCUCGCAGCCGAGCCUGGUCUUGUCGGCCGUUACAAUUGCAUUCAACCCGCUCUUCUGGAACAACCAUCCUGACAUCCUCUCCCAUGCUGGACAUUUAGAAUACAACAACCACUUCUUGACCAAGCUGUUUAGUGGUAACAAGUACAAUGGGUGCUACUUCCUGGCUGUUACCAUCUUCUCGCUAGGCAUAAUCCGCGACCAUCUGUACAACGACGCUCUCAAGCACCAGCCCUACUUUGCACCUGUCCACCAGCAGUACCUGGCCUACGGCCUUUUCGCUACGGGGAAUGUACUCGUUCUAUCUAGUAUGUGGGCACUCGGGAUCACAGGAACUUACCUCGGAGACUACUUUGGAAUCCUUAUGGAUGCUCCCGUGACGGGCUUUCCGUUCAAUAUCACCAGUGCUCCUAUGUACUGGGGCAGCACCAUGAGUUUCCUGGCUGUGGCCUUGUACCAUGGAAAGCCUGCUGGUCUCCUACUCACUGCCGAGGUCUUCAUCUGCUACAAGAUCGCCUGUCUAUGGGAAGAGUACGUUUCGAAACUGCUCUUCAUGUAUCUCUGUAUCCUUUUCCUUCUCGUCUUAUAUGCUAACUACCGCCUCUGCAGACCCUUCACAGAAGAGAUCUAUAGCAAGCGUGAUAGGGAGAGAUCCGCUGCAAAGAAGGCCGGGAAGGCUGCUUAG